CAAAUCUCAAAUAGGAAAAAAGAAGAGAGAGAGAGAGAAAUCCAUCGGCGAUCCAUUCGCAUAGCGUAGCCGUGUGUCUGUCUGCCUGCCUGUCAGUGGCGCCUCCGUCUGCGGUCAAUCUCGCGAGAAACCAGAGAGAGCCAAAGCCAACAACGAAUCCCUCCAUUUCUGCCCUCUUCUCCUCAAUUUCGUUUUUCUGCCCUUUUUCCCCUCUUUCUUUCAUGUGAAUCAACCCCAAAUUAGCUGAACCCACUUGCUCUGUUCCCCCAAUUCCAGCGUCAAUCCUCCAAAAGUUUUCGACUUGGGUGAAAAAUUAAUCGCUUCACGACCUAUCUCUCGCCCCCAUUUUGUUUGAUUGAUAGCCUUUGUCUGUCUGUCUGUCGAGAAUGGAGAAGAAAAAGUACCCUAUUGGCCGUGAGCAUUAUGAGUUGUACGAGGAGAUCGGCCAGGGUGUGAGCGCCACCGUUCGCAGGGCUAAGUGCAUCCCCUUCGGCGAGAUCGUCGCCAUCAAGAUCCUCGAUUUCGAGCGGGACAACGUCGAUUUGGUGAAUAUUUCUAGGGAGGUACAAACAAUGAUCCUCGUGGACCAUAAUAAUGUCCUGAAAUCGCACUGCUCCUUUGUUAGCGACCACAAUCUAUGGGUGGUGAUGCCGUACAUGGCAGGAGGUUCUUGUCUCCACAUAUUGAAGGCAGCUUUUCCCGAUGGGUUUGAGGAAGUAGUCAUAGCCACCAUACUCCGGGAGGUCUUGAAGGGUCUGGAGUAUCUUCAUCAUCAUGGCCACAUUCAUCGAGAUGUUAAAGCUGGCAACGUUCUCAUUGAUGGACGAGGUGCAGUAAAGCUGGGAGAUUUUGGUGUUUCUGCUUCCCUUUUCGACUCGGGUGAUAGGAAACGUAUGAGAAAUACAUUUGUUGGGACUCCGUGCUGGAUGGCACCUGAAGUUAUGGAACAACUACAUGGAUAUGACUUCAAGGCUGAUAUUUGGUCUUUUGGGAUAACUGGUUUAGAGCUUGCCCAUGGGCAUGCUCCUUUCUCCAAAUAUCCUCCAAUGAAGGUGUUGCUCAUGACUCUCCAAAAUGCUCCCCCAGGUCUCGACUAUGAAAGAGAUAAGAAGUUUUCUAAAUCCUUCAAGCAGAUGAUCGCCAGUUGCUUGGUGAAAGAUCCCUCGAAACGGCCUUCGGCAAAGAAAUUAUUAAAGCAUUCAUUUUUCAAGCAAGCCAGGUCCAGUGACUAUCUAUCACGGACACUUCUUGAGGGAUUGCCUGUUCUUGGUGAUCGUAUUAUGGCAUUGAAGAGGAAGGAAGAGGAUAUGCUCGCACAAAAGAAAAUGCCUGAUGGGGAGAUGGAGGAAAUAUCGCAGAAUGAAUACAAACGAGGAAUUAGUGGUUGGAAUUUCAACCUUGAAGACGUGAAAGCUCAGGCUUCUUUGAUCCCAGACGACGACAUAGUUGCUGAUAAUUGUCGAAGUGGAAGCUCAAGUUCUUUGUCAGCACUUGAUGGGCAUGAUAAACAAUAUGAAUCGCAGGCCACGUCUGUCAGACAGAUUGUAGAAUCGGAUGAAAUUGACUUGGUACGACUUCGCCCUGUUCCUCUUCAAACAGUAAACUCAUCUGUUAACAUUACAAAAAUCAGUGGUGAGAAAUCUGAUGAUGAGUACAGCCUUCCAAGUCCAUCUGGUUCAGUUUCGCAGCUCUGUUCUCCUCGUUUUGUUGACAACAAUGCUACGGAAAGGCCCACUUUUGAGAUAAAUACAAAAAUUCCCGAGAGCAUGCAUAUUUAUUCCCAAAACAAAUUGAUAGGUCCCGGUAGCCUUAGCUUCAAUUUCUGUGAUCCUGUUGUUCCGCAAAGCAAAGGGGACAGUGAUAAAUUGGUCGGCCAACUCCCAAGAAUUCCAUCAUGCAAUGGCUCAACAGUGGCGUUCGAUGGUGAAGUCAAAUUACCAGGCACUAGUGAAGAAUCAGACGAGAAAACGAAGCCACCAGUUGUUCAACAAAAAGGACGUUUCAAAGUUACGUCAGAGAAUGUAGAUAUAGAAAAGGCAGCACCAUCCCCGUUGCUGCAGAAAAGCCACAGCAUGCAGGUGAUCACUCCAGUUCCUGGGGUUCCUCUAUCGCCAACGCCAGAAGGCACAUCCUCAAGUCUGUCGGUUUACUCUGUAUUUCCACUCUUACAGUCCGUUUUACAGGCGAACAUCGCUCAAAGAGACACCAUCCUUGGUAUAAUGAAGCAGUUGUCCAACUGUGAAACUACAGCCCUUCGUGGCCCUGAGGGAGGAUCGGCACUACAACUUGCUUCCAUGGAGAAAUCUUUGAUGGAAACAAUGCAUGAAAGGGAGAAAGAAUUGGUUCUUGAAGUAACAGACCUAAGAUGGAGGCUGACAUGUGCCCAGGAAGAACUCCAGAAGUACAAAACAGAAAAUGCCCAGAUCUUAAGUAGCUGCAAAGUGGAAGUAGAACAAGUGCCACAACUACGGCAUCUUGUCAAUGGAAUCAAAGAAGAAGUUAGUAUUAGUCAUCAGGGAACGGAUAACGCUAGCUCUAACGCAGCUCUGGCCGCCGCGGCAGCAAGAAAGCCUAAUAUAUUGAGUAGAGUUGUGAGUAUGAAGUAGAAGGGAUUUUGACAUUUUGUUGUGCAUACCCGAAUUUUAUUUCUUUGGGUAGAUGUUAUGAAGACAAUAGUUGGAAGACGAUUGGUAUUUAUCGGGUUCAAAGAGCCCAAUCUUUCUUUUUUGUUUCUCCUUUUGGAAGGUGUAAAUAUAAAUUUGACAGAAAUGAGAGAUGGGUUUAGUUACUUGUUUGCGCCUUAUUUUUGUACUACUGCCUUUUCAUUUAGGUUGUAAUUAUCAUCACAAUUUAUGAAAUUUUAAUUAUACUUAAUGGCCUCUGCUGUUACACUAAUUGGUGCUAACACGAAUAGGCGUUGUAUUCCUUCCUUCCCAUUGCCAGACUGGUUUCGAUCUAAUAACAAAAAUGAUGAUAUGAAGCAAGCAACCAGGACAUUAAAUUACAUCUCAUACUGGGGAAAUGGGUUGGAGAUAAAGAAAACAGGUGACUUCUUGUCGAUGAAAUGAAGCGACAAAAAGAACCAGCAAUCUAAGGUAAGACAAGUCAGACACUCAAUGCAGCUCUUAGCCGUUUCAGUCUUUCCACGUUGAAUUACAGCAAGAAUGUCAGUCAAUGGUGGUCUGAAGUAUAGACGACAACAGAGGCUUGGAGAUGGCGGUCCACCUUGAAGUGGGCAUGGAAAAACAUCUGCGACUGUUUGUUUGCAAAUUUUCGAGUUAGCUCAAGCAGAAGAAUAAACCGCAGGCAACACACAGAAGAAGAAAAUGCAUAUAACAAAACCCAAGUAUAGAGGGAACUAGAUGAAAUUGUCAUUACCUCUCUAAAGGAAUGUGAAACCAAGAAAUCCCUCAAUGGCUGGUCCUCUGAUUCGAACAAGGUAGAGACCAAUUCUUUGAGAAUUCAUUCAUAAAACCAACUGGAUCCAUCAUGAAUCUAUCUGACUCUGUCUGGGAUUCCUUUCUCUUCGCUACAAUGAGAAUACAUAGUAGUAUGAUUG